AGACGCGGAAACGCUUGCCGCGCGGCAAAAGGCGACGAGAUAGCCAAUCAACUUGCAACUUUUCUGUUAGAACGGAAAAUUGAUUGGCUACCGCGUUGCCUUUUGCCGCACGACAAGCAUUUCCGCAUCCUGUGUGCAGAAGCCAUUAAUCAGUUGUGAUACUACAUACUUCUAAAGAAAACGACACAAAGAGAAUUCAAAAAUGUUUGAAAGUCGAAUGCAACCUAAUUUUAUAUGUUUAUAGAAAAUAGAGAAAAAAAAAAAUAUAUAUAUAUAAUAAAAUCAAUAUUAUAAGAAAACGUUUAUAAAAAAAUAAAGACAAAUCAAAACAAAAGCGAAAGCAGUAAAACUUUAAAUGGUUUUAAGAUCGAAGUGUGACAAUGGCUAAGAUAUUAAAUUUACUAAAGACGGUACGAAAUAAUUGGAAAAAGUCCGUGUUAGGAAUAGCAGCUUUCUCGUACGGAAUUUCGUACGGCAAACAAACAUACGAUGUGGAACAAUUAAUGCGUCAGUGUUGUGAAGAUGUAGCGAGAUAUGGAGACAUCUCUUGUUCCACAAAUGUCAGACCUCGCCAUGUAACUGUUAUUUUAAACCCUGCGGCCAAAAAAAGGAAGGCCAAAAAGUUAUUCGAGAAAUAUUGUGAGCCUCUAUUGCACUUAGCUGGUAUUUCAACAACUAUUGUCGAUAUACAAUCAGGAAGCCAUGCACGUAAUGUAAUAACAAAUCUAGAAACUCCUACAGAUGCUAUUAUUGUAGCUGGAGGAGAUGGUACUUUGUCAGAUGUUACAACUGGUUUAAUGAGGAAAUAUGAAUAUAAUCUUCAUUCUGUCAGACAAUGUCCCAUUGGUGUUUUACCAUUGGGAAGCACAAAUACAAUCGCAAGCAUGUUUUAUCAAGGGUAUAAAAAUUUAGCUGACAUACAUCACAUGAUCGAUGCAACAAUGGCAAUUAUUAAGAAUAAUCUCAAAACGAUAGAUGCUAUUGAAAUCAAAUUGCUGGAAAACGAUCCAGAAAAUCCUAUAAAACCGGUUUAUGCUAUAGCAGGCAUAAAAUGGGGAGUUUGGAGUGAUACGCAUGCCCAUAUUGAUAAAUAUUGGUAUUGGGGCUCCUUGCGCAAAUAUGCAGCUUACGUAUUCAGUGGUUACAAAUCAAAUUUAAAUUGGAAGUGCAAUGCAGUAAUGAAAUAUAGCAAUCCUUGCAAGGGAUGUUCAUAUUGUUAUUCCAAAGAGUUGUCUUAUAAUCAGUCUACGAAUUUGAAUAGAAGAUGGUGGCAUGCAUUUCUGCCAAAGAAGCAAACACUUGUCCCUGAUAAUCAUGUCGAUUAUAGUAAAGUAAUAAAUGAAGAUUGUGGCAUAUUUUAUGAGAGACCUAUUUCAACAACUGAAUUAUGCAUAACUACAGAAAAUGUAAUGAAUGUACCAGUUCAAUCAAUGCCUUCAUUAAAGAUAGCUUUAGGCCCAGAGAAUGUUAAUUAUACCACAUUUGUUAAGAAAGGAUGGAAACAAGAAAUGAACAAUGAAUUACCAGUAAAUGCGAUAUUAGAUGCAAAAGAUAUUGAAUUAUAUCCUGAAAUAAAAAAUAAUGAUCAAAUGUUUUACAUUGACCACGAGGAGUACGAGUUGAAGCCAAUUCAUAUUAAACUACUCCCACAAUCUAUAACAAUAUUUUGUCCCGAAUCGAAUAGAUAACAUAUGUAUUCGGUAAUUUAUAAAAACGAUUCAAAACUGUUUCGCAUUUAAUAUUCCAUAAUAUAUGCAGUAAUUUUUAAAUUAUUUAAAAACGAAAAAAAAAUAGAAAUAAUAAAAUGUCUCGUUGAUUAAAGUAUUAUGUAAAAAAAUUAUUUAAUGUUUUCUAUAAAAAAAUAAUUUAUUGUAGCAUACAAAAAAAUAUUUUGAUUAUAACCGUUCAUAAAUUUAAGUAAUACAUUUUUAAUCUGAUAUGACUACUUAGUAUAACGCUUAUACUAAAGAUUUGAUUACGUCAAAGUAUGUUUCCUUAAUAAUUUAAUUGUAUAGUUUUUUCUUAAAAACUGUACUAACUUUUCUUUAAAAACUGUGUUAAAUAGAUUAAAUACAUUAUUGUGAGU